AUAGGCCUUAACCCUCUUUCCUUAAUCGCUCUCUUAAAUUGAGUCUCCAUUCUCAGCUCCUCUCUCUUCCCCCAAUCGCGUCCUCUUUCCCCUGACAGAAACCUUUCAAAACCCUCGCUCAACUGCCCCCCCUUCACCACCGAUUCUUGGUGGUGCUCCGACGAUCACCUUCUUUUCCACCGCCUUCGCCGGACUUAACAAUGGCGGCUGCCGCUCCCUCUGAUGUCUCCGAUGGACCAGUCCUCAGCCUCAUCAACAAGCGUCUCCGCGCCCUUCGCAAGAAACACAAUCGUAUCAUUCAGAUGGAAGAAGCUAUUUCUCAGGGAAAGCCCAUCAACAAGGAGCAAGAAGAAGUCCUCCGCUCUAAGCCUUCUGUCACCGCCCUCAUCGAUGAACUUGAAAAGCUUCGCCAACCGCUAUCAUCGGCUGUCUCUGAGGAAAUCAACUUGGCUGUACAACGCCAACAGGCGAGUGUCUCCUCUCAACCUGUUUCAACCGAUGAUUCGCCUACGGAGGUUAGGGAUGAAAAGACGAAUGAUGAGAAAGACCAGUCCGAACACGCUAUGGUUGAGGACCUUCUAAACCUCCUCUAUUUUGGCUCUUUGUUUGACGUUAAGUCUCAAAGCGAUUUCACUUCGACGAUGCUUACGAGAACGCACGAAAGAAGUUGCUGCAUCACCUACGAUUAUGUCACAGACGAUGCUACCGAUCUUCUUGCCGAGAGGGAUUUGGAUUUGAUAUCGACGAUGAGCGGCCUAUUGGUCUCUCGUCCCGUAGAUUCGAAUUUGCCGCAUAAGAAUGCGUUGGAGCGUUGCAUCGAACACGCUAAACUCUGGCUCACGAAGGCUGACCAACCUAUUGAGCCCAACACGGAUGUUACUUAUGCGAACUUGAGGGAGAGACUGCACAAGAUCAUGGCGUCGGAUUACUUCACUACCACGCCUGAGAUUAAAGGUCCUGUUGAAGUAGCUGCGGUUGCUGCAGGAAGCUAUGCCAAUUUUCAGGUUCCGGUGGCUGUCCAUGAAGAAGAUUCAGAUGAAAAAUUCCAACAGACGGUGACCCUCCCUAAAGACAAGAAUAGCCUUACACAUGAUUUUUGCAGAUUUGGAUCCUUUGAUUUGAAAGAUAUUGUUGAAGAGGAUGUUGACGUGGGAGACUUGCAAGGAGAUGAUAUCAGUGAUGGUCAACCUGGUUCUGCUGACGAGAUGCCUGGGGAUGUGCAAGAGACCGGAAACUCUUCUGAAUUCGUCCCACAGCAAGAAGUGAGACCAGAAGAAGAAUUCGAACAGAAACAUGCGGAUGGAGAUGCAAAAGAACAGCAGUAUGUUCCUCGAAGGGGGGGAUAUAUGAACCAAAGAGGUGGCCGCAGUGUUGGUGGCCGAAGAGGAUAUUCUAAUGGCCGUGGAGGUCGAGGUGAUGGAAGAGGAGGAGGAUCCUACCAGAAUGGACGCACUCGAUAUUAUGAUCAGUCAGGAAACUAUUACCAGAGGAACUACUACAAUGGUCGAGGAAGAGGUGGUAGGGGUGGGGGUGGCCACUCUUACAACAGUCAUGGUUCCUCCCAAGGUGCUCCUAACUCGAGUAUUGGCGUGGCUUCCUGACGGUCUCGAUGUCCUCGGGGUGUUUCUCAGAAGUGGGUGGGUGAUGCGAAUGUUUGUUGCUUUUCAUUUUUUCUCUGGAUGUUGGUCCUCGUUGAUUUCACCAUCCAAGAUCUUGGCCUUUUUUUUUUGUAGUCCCUAGUUUUGAUGGAUCCAAUGGAACCUGUAUAAAAAAGACAGAUAUCGCAAAAACCAUUUGAUCCUAAGUUAUUUUGUGGACAUGAGGUGCUUUUGUUUUAGACGUAUAUGCUAAGGUAUGAUAUGCUUAUCUUUUCUUUUCUGGUUA